CAUUUAGUUAAAUCGAAAUACUCUUAAUGAAGAACAUACAUUGGUACGUUCUUAUUUCAAGCACGACGUAAAUGAUGGAUUUAUUUAUAAAACACGUUAUAUUUAUUUAAGUAGAACAAUUAGUUUGAAACUUGUGUUUGAUUAAUUUCAAAAUACAUACUCGACAUGUGCUACAACAAAAUGCACCUCAAAAAGUAGUUUCUUAGGCACCUAGAUAACAUGUACACAUGUGAUCGGAGCUUUAAUCAGCUUUAAUGUUUCGUGGAUCAUAAGAAAUAUUUUUCAUCAUAGAUAUACAUAGUUAAAAAUUAAUAUAAUUGGCAGUCUGUAUCAUAUAUAUUUCAUGUAUUUAAUAUAUGUUUGAAAAAUCAAGUGCUGACAACAAUGAUUGGUAGAAUGAGUGCACUUCCAUUGCUCAGAAAAAUACAUCAAAGUAUGGGUUCUAUUGGACCACAGGUUCUUUCAGCAAGCCCAACCAUUGCAACUCGUACAAUGCAUUAUAUGAAUGUUAAACAAAGCACUAGCAUUUUAACAAACAUAUUUAGUAAUAAAAUUAAUUCAGGAAGUUUGCUUCUGCCGUUUGUACCUAUAUAUAAUAUUACCUGUGGCUUAAAGAUGAAAACGAUUUUACAUAGAAGGUGUAGAAAAUGUUAUGAAGUGUGGAAGAAUGAUAGAAAAUAUAUAAUAUGUAAAGAACACCCACGACAUAAUCAAGUAGAAAGAAAGCCGCAGCCCUAUAAGCUUUGGAAGCUAUCGUCUGUCUCGCAGAAACCAAAACGUGACUGGUAGGGCAACGAUACAUAAACUAGCUGUUUGUAUUACAUAUAAAAAUAAAAUUGUUUUCAGACCA